AUGGGUCAUUGUUUUAGCUCCGAUUCCACGGGGGAUGCGGAACAGAAGAAGAAAAGUCAGAUGAUCGAUCGGAAACUCGAGGAAGACUCCAAACGAUUACGUCGAGAAUGCAAGCUCCUAUUGUUAGGCUCUGGCGAGAGUGGCAAGUCCACGAUUGUCAAACAGAUGAAGAUUAUCCACCAGAAUGGCUACACUGUCGAGGAGCUGGCCCUAUACCGCUUGACCGUCUACAAAAACCUCUUGGAUUGUGCAAAGGCACUUAUUGAAGGUUAUCGCCUAUUCUCCCUCGAACCAUCUAGCCAGAAAGUCAAGGAUUACAUGAAAUUCCUGGAGGAGUAUCAUAUUGAGACGGACCCCAACAUACCGCUCGAUUCCAAAGUAGGGGAUGCAGUCACAUAUAUUUGGAACGACCCUUGUACAUCAACAGUACUGGAACGACAAAAUGAAUUUUACCUCAUGGAUUCGGCACCAUAUUUCUUCGACGAAGCCAAACGAAUAACAACACCGGAUUACAUGCCGAAUGUUUCAGACGUACUCCGAGCACGAACAAAGACGACGGGUAUAUACGAGACACGAUUCACAAUGGGCCAAUUAAGCAUACACAUGUUUGAUGUCGGUGGUCAGCGCAGCGAGCGAAAGAAGUGGAUUCACUGCUUCGAAAAUGUUACUUCCAUCAUAUUUUGCGUCGCCCUAAGUGAAUAUGACCAGGUGCUCCUGGAAGAAAGCAACCAGAAUCGCAUGAUGGAGAGCUUGGUUCUCUUUGACUCCGUUGUCAAUUCUCGAUGGUUCAUGCGGACUAGUAUCAUCCUUUUCCUGAAUAAGGUCGAUCUAUUCCGACAAAAACUUCCUCGUUCCCCAUUGAGCAACUACUUCCCAGACUACUCAGGUGGUAAUGAUGUUAAUCGUGCCGCCAAGUAUCUGCUUUGGCGAUUCAACCAGGUCAAUCGAGCACACUUGAACCUAUAUCCUCAUCUCACUCAGGCAACUGAUACUACAAAUAUUCGCCUCGUCUUUGCGGCGGUUAAGGAGACCAUAUUGCAAAAUGCCUUGAUAGACUCAGGCAUUUUAUAA